UAAUAAAACAAUUAUUCCACUCGCGCUUCUUGGAUAUUAGAUGACUACAGCCAACUUGUUGGCUCUUUAUAAUCCCAUAUCUAACGCACGCUUGUGGAAUGAUUGUUAAAUAUACCUAAUUAACGAAACAAACAAACAAUGUUGACAGAUUCUAAAAUGAUCCUGGUUGUGUUGUGUAAGUAGAAAACUUCAAAAUCAGCAUUGAUUAGCUUCUAUUAGAAGUAUUUUUUUUUAAUGUUUUCAUUUGCGUUCGCUUUUAGUGGUAGAGGACCCAAAGGCGAAGCCGUCCUUCAGCUGGCAUACGCUUGGAGAGCAUGCGCAGUCAAGUGGGGCGAGCUUUCCAAGUUGCCUAAAGCAGUUUUGGAGUCGGAGUUAAAGAAAGCUAUUCAGGAAGUGUUUCCAGGAGCAGUCUUACCAGAGCCUCUGGAUAUGGUGUUCAAAUAUUGGGAGAAAGUAGCUUGGCAUCACACAAAGGCGGGUUCUAACGUAAGCCGAUAUGAUCUAAUGAAAUGGGCCCAACGUCCAUUUCCUGGUGAAGACGUUUUUAUAGUAGGUGAAGCAUAUUCAGGCAUUGUGGAAUGGAACGAAGGAGCUCUUCAGUCAGCUUACAACGCCCUAAAGGAAGGCUGGGAAAUAACGCAACCAGAGGCUAAUUAGAAAGAACAGAGAACGUUCAACCUCCCCUAACGUUGCUUCAUGUAAGGGUAAUGAAAUAGGUCCAGUUCAGAGUUGUCUUUUGUCACCUAGUCAAAAAGAGUCCUUUUAGAAAAACCAUUUACUCUUACCUGCACGUUCCUUUCAUGCAUGCAACGUAAUUUUCAAUUUUUUUUUUUUUGCACGAAUUUUGUUCCACGAUCUAUUCUGAAGUUAGUUCGUUAAAUUCCCACUGGUAUUUUACUCUCAGACUUAAUAUUCUUGUUUUUCUGCCAAUUUUAGACUGAAAAUAUUCUUGUGAAUCUUUUUAGGUUAUGACGUAUGACGUUUCCGUUUUAUUGACUUUGAUGGCGUUGCAUGAAGUAAUUUUGGAGCCCGACUGCAGGCAAUAAAACUCGAAAUGAUUAUACGAAACCUCUCGCAGAAAUGCUAAUAGGAUCGAACAUACCGCUAGUGCUGUUUUUAUUGUCUUUUGGCUAGUUUUGCCUCUUAGAGAAAGGAAGAUUUUUAUAUGAUUUAGUUAAAAACAUGCAAUAUUGUAAUCGUGAAAGGUUAAUUGAUCAACAUGACACGAGCGCGGGACAAAGGAAAAUCUUACAGUGUUGAUCCUAACAGUAUGUAGGACGCCUGUCACAUAUGAACUCAGUUAAAUGAGCUUGCUCUUCAUGAGUUUUCGUAGCUCAGUGGACGGAGCGCCCGCCCGGUGUUCGGGAGGUCACGGGUUCGAUUUGCUUCGGGAGCUCAGAUUUUUUCUUUGU